GUAAUGGCUUGGGUUGCUUCUGCGUGUUAGCUCUGAAUCCAAUCAAACAUUCUUCUUGCCAACUUCAACAAGCUACCUAACCAGGUGACAUCGAUUGGCCUAUACUCCAUUCCACACCAGCUACCUACCAUACUUAAGUCUAUACAACCCCACAGCCACCUCCAUACAGCCACCGAAUAACAACCAAACCACCACCCCACACCCCUCUACUUCUUCCCAACCCAAACCCAAUACACAAACCCCCCCAAAAUGGCCCCCGCAACCCCCACAAGCGACGCAAGGAAGCGUUCUCUCCUCCUCCAGAGAACCCACACCUUCCUCACGCACCUCACCACCCAAGCCCCACUCACCCCCACCCUCCUCUCCAAUUUCUCCAGCGAGAUCAAAAUCCACGAGCACGGGCUCCCCGCCCUCGCCCCCUUCCUGGGCAGGGAUUACGUCGGCCUGGACGCCGCGCGACGGUACUUCGAGGAGAUGGGCGCGCAUCUCCGGUACGAGGGGAUGCGGUUCGAGGAGGAGGCGGAGUGGGUGGUGGAUGUUGCGCGGGGGGUCGUGGUGGUGCGCGGGUGGGCGCGGUUUGAGGCGCGGCGGACGGGGCAGGGGUGGGGGGAGGGGUUUGUUUAUCGGUUGCGGAUGGGGGGGGAUUCUUGCGAAAUUGAGGAGGGGGAUUUUCCUGAAGGGGAGGGGGAGGUGAAGGUGAAGGAGUAUUUGGUUUGGGCGGAUACGGGGGCGGCGUAUUUGGCGUUGCGGGGGGAGUUGCGUGGGGAGGGACAGGGGGAGGAGCUGGGGCUGGGGCAAGAGUCUGGAUUGGGGUUGUGA